AUGCCUACAAAGGAGGAGUUGAAAGCUGCUGUAUUUUCUCUCAAUGAUAUGUCUGCUGCAGGUCCUGAUGGAUUUAAUGGCUUUCACAUGGAGAAGAAGGGUCCUUCAAUUAAUCACCUGAGCUUUGCUGAUGAUGUAAUUAUUUUCACUUCAACCUCUAACUUUUCCCUCAAGAUGAUCAUGAAGACUAUGCAGCUAUAUGAACACACAUCAGGACAGCUUAUUAACAAAGAAAAGAGUCAAUGUAUGAUCCCUCUGAAUACUGAUCCAGCUAUUAUUGAAAAGGUAACUUCUAUCACUGGUUUCAAAUCAACUCAUGGCCCUAUUACCUAUUUAGGAUGUCCCUUAUAUAUUGGGGGUCAAAGAAUCAUUUACUUUACUAGUAUGGUCUCCAAAGUGAUCUCCAGGAUUAGAGGAUGGCAGACUAAAAUAUUGAGCUAUGGGGGAAGAGUUAUUCUUAUUAAGUCAGUGUUGCAAUCCCUUCCAAUCCACCUGCUGUCAGCUAUCACCCCUACAGUCACUACCCUUAAACAAAUUACAAGACUUAUGGCAGAUUUUUUCUGGGGCUGGGACAAAGAAAAGAGAAAAUACCAUUGGGCAUCCUGGAAGACACUCAGCUACCCUGUGGAGGAAGGGGGUAUUGGUAUGAAAAACAUACAAGAUGUGUGCUUGGCCUUGCAAUACAAACAGUGGUGGACCUUCAGGUCCAAGAAGACACUAUGGGGAGAAUUCUUAAAGGCUAAUUACUGCCAAAGAGCACAUCCAGUGAUAAAUAAAUGGAAUACAUGUCAAUCUCUUAUGUGGAAGCAUAUGGUGGCAAAUAAAAUGAAUAUUGAGCCUCAUAUAAAUUGGCACAUCAAUUCAGGUACAUGCAGCUUUUGGUGGGAUGAUUGGAUGGGUAUAGGACCCCUAGCUAAUCACAAUAGCUAUCUACCAAGGCUCAAUAAUACUACAGUCUCUGAAUACCUGGAGAAUGGGGAAUUGAAUAUGCAGAAAAUCAGAAAAGAUGCCCCUCCUCAGCUGGUGCAGCAGAUACUUAGCACUGAUAUUAUCUACAAACACAACAUACCUGAUCAAGCUUGCUAG